UUUAGGUAGUUUAAAUACACUAUGACACCGCUUGUUUUAUCAAAGUUCAGAUUAAAUCGUUGGUAAAUCUGUCCAUCAAAGGGUUGAUAUAUACAACGUGCAUAGUGUCGCAUUUCCAACAACUACUGUUUUCGGUGUUACUUAAUUUCAGUUUAAAGUCCGCUUUGAAAUUUAUGUUUUCGUUCGAUGGCAUAUGUACUGUGUUUCAGUGUCAACACUUACUGUUUAAAACAUGUUUAAAAGGAUGAUUUAAAAGUUUUAUUUUUCUAAAUGACAAACGAUAGAUUUUAAUUUCAAGGAUUUAAUCAGCGGAUAACAAGAAUUAUGCAGAAGCUACUGAAAGUGUUUUUUGUACAAUUAAUAUUGUUUUAUGUGUGUACAUUUUCAAGAAAAAUAGGAAGGAGUGUAAAAUUGACACAUAGGGAUAAAUUAAUGAUUGUUAACUACCAUAAUGAUAUUAGACGACUUAUAUAUGCUUCCAAUAUGCAAGCUUUGAGUUGGGAUCCAGCAGCUGCAGAGAAAGCACGAGAGUGGGGACAUAAUUGUAUAUUUAAUAGACUAUGGGAUGACAACUAUGGUGAAAACUUGUAUAAAACAUAUUUUACAAAAGCUACGAGAUCUCGUGAAGUAAUGAUGGACGCAUUGAAGGAUUGGGAUAAAGAGAGACAAAAUCUAUUUUCGUGGGAUGUGAAAUGUACAGAAAGUGAAACAUGCAACUACAAACAGCUAGUCAGUGCUAAGUCAGAUUCGGUUGGUUGUGCCUUGAUUAAAUGUCCGAGGAUGAUAGAAAGUAAGAAAACAACCAAUUACAACAUGAACUAUUUCAUCUGUUUCUACUCGCCUAAAGUAGAAUUAGAUAAACAACCUUUUACAUAUGGCAGGAAAUGUUCAGCAUGUCCACAAGGCUAUCAUUGUAAACGGAAAAUGUGCACAAAGAAGAAAUGGACAAAAAUCAAACACAGUGGAAAUGUGAUCAAUGAAAAAUUACCAGAAAGAAAACUAAAUAUUCCAACAGCCAAUAUCAUCAUUCGAGAAGACUCAAGGGGAUAUAUACCGAACAGAAACACAUCAAAUGACCAGACAAAUGUACUGUUACCAAUUCCACCUGCAGCACUGAAGGGGAGAGAGGCCAGUGAAAAGGUGUUUAAUGGCGUAAAUACGGAGUUGAAAAUAACUCCACGGAGAAGAAGAAGAAUGAAGCGACAAACUAGAAGACGAUACACAUCUUACGACGAUUACUUACGUAGAGAUAGACUGCGUCGGGAGAGACAACGAGCACAACAAUUAUACGAGCGUGAACAGCUAAGACGUCAAAGAGAGGAACUUGAAGCUCACCAAAGACGUAAUACAAGGCCUUCUGCACAAAUACGAAGACGACCUGCCACUCAAACCCGAAGAAGACAGUCGCAAAGAAUAACGGCACCAGGCGAUGUUACAGUAGAAGAGCAGAAUUAUCUAACUCAGGCACACAAUCUUCUGCGAGGGAACCAGAUUACAGCAUUGAAGUGGAGUAGAUACCUUCAGAGAUGGGCGGAUUACGUAAUACGAUGUGUAGUUGAAUAUCCCGGUCCUAUCACCACAUAUACAAACUUUGGUCAAAUAUCAAAUGGAGGCAAUAUUUAUAACAUCGUCUACAACUGGGGGAAUGAGGGAUACAAUGUUAAUAGAAAACUUGAGUCUGGUUGCAGAACACCUGCUGAUAGGGAAAGAUGUAAUCAUAAUGUUAUUGUGAAAAACGAGUUCCUAAGAGAGUAUGCCUGUGCUGCUAGAAAUUGUCAGAAUGGAAAAAGACAGCUCACUUGCAUUUAUAGAUAAAACUGAAAAACACCAAAAUACUCUAAAGAUUCAAAAUAUAUAAUGUACUACCUUUUACUCACACAUAAUAUUCAGGGAUAUAUGACUGUUACAUUCAAUGACACUUUGGAUACUAGCAUUUCUUUGUUAACUAAACAGUGAUAUUCAUUAUACGUUAUUGUAUUGCUUUUUGCGACAUUAAUUUGUGGCUAAUAUUGUAAGUUUACCAAUGAAUAUUUUUUUAUUAUUCUAAAUUUGUUCUUAAAUGCAACAUGUUUUAGAUAGUAUAAUACGUUGAUUUAGUUGGUGUAUGUAUAUUGAAAGAAAACUAUUAGCAUAAAUGUAUCAAUGUAAAGCAUUGUAGUUGAAAUUGGCUUUUUGAGAUGUUUAAAAAUGUACAGGUAUUAAUUUUAUAUUUCGUCAUAUUGUAUUUGUGCAAAGUUCGACUGUAUAUAAACAAUAAUGGCCAGUACAAGUUUCCUAAAUGUUACAGUUAUAUCAAAUCACUGGGAAAUACUUUUAAAUCUAAACGAUCUUUUAUUUCAGGCUUUUAAAUUGGUUCCAUAGUUAUUUGUAUGUAUCAAAACAGUAAAUAUAGAAUUGUUUGAAAAGCGAUUGAUAUAACAGAACUGUAUUGACUGCAAACGAAAUGUCUGAAAAGUACUUAAAUUAUCUCACGGAAAUAUCUUAAAAAUAACUUAACUCCAAACAAUAUUAGCAGUUUUAUGUUAUGACAUUUUAGAUGAUCCUGAUAUUAAAAACAAUCGCUAUUUCAGACUUAUUACCAAUUACCACUGAACCAAAAAUAAAUAACAAAAUAACCUACAAAUCUGUUUCGUAGAUACAAAAUCAUUAAAUAACAAAGCAAUUAUUUGAAAUUUUACAUAUUAAUUAGAUAGAGAUAAGUGAUUAGAAGUAAAUAAAAUCUAGUUUAACUGAAAGUGUAGAUGAUUUGAUUUUUGGAAUUAACGUAGUGAUAAAUUUAUCAGAGUGUGAAUGAUCAACCUUUCUUUAGUUAUAUAUAUCAUUUAGUACAGAUCUCCUCGAAGAUCUUUCAAACAAAUGUGUGUGUAAAAUUGCCAUUGUGUUAUAUGCCAAUCUGGAUUUUCUUCAAAAAUCCUAAUUUGCGAUUUUUAUAAAUUGUGUAGGUGUAUAUAAUAUUUACAAAUAUUUAAAGGAUAGUUAUGUAAUACAACAAGAAUUAUAUAGAUUUGUAGAUAUUGAACUACACGAAGCUUGAAAUAAAAAUUCUUAAAAUUG